GUGUGUGUGUGUGUGUUUUUCUCGGUGGAGAGAAGUUGGAGGAGUUCAAGCUCGUGCUGGGAUUGUUCUGACCCGAACUGGAAUACUGGAACACACACACACACACACACACACACACACACACACACACAUACAUACACACAUACACACACACACACACACACACACACACACACACACACACACACACACACACACAUACAUACACACAUACACACACACACACACACACACACACAGGAGCUCGCGCGGUUACACGAACGCACGGAUACACACAGAUUCACGCGCGUGGACACAGAACACACACACACGGAUUCAGAUGAGGUAACACCCCUGGGUGUGCAUUCAGCAGAGGGAGAUGUGGUGUGUAAUAUUUCCCAAGCUGCUGCUUCUGCUGCUGCUGUUGUUGCGAACUCAUGCCAUCAGUUUCCCCGAGGACAUCGCACCACUGGACAUCGUGGACAGACAUUAUUCCAGACAGUAUCCGGUUUUCCGAGGCCGGCCGUCUGGAAACGAAUCCCAACAUCGGCUGGACUUUCAGCUGAUGACCAGGAUCCAGGACACACUGUUCAUCGCCGGCAGGGACCAGGUGUAUUUGGUGAGUCUGAGGGAGUCGUACAGGAAUGACAUCACUCCCUACAGGAAGCUGACGUGGAGGUCGAGUCAGGCCGACCGGGAGACGUGCGCUCUCAAGGGCAAGCACAGGGAUGAGUGCCAUAACUUUAUUAAAGUUUUGGUUCCCAGAAAUGAUGACCUUGUCUUCAUCUGCGGCACCAAUGGCUUUAACCCUAUGUGCCGUUACUACAGGCUGGAUAAUCUGGAGUUUGAUGGAGAGGAGAUCAGCGGUUUGGCUCGGUGUCCAUUUGACGCUAAACAGACCAACGUAGCGCUCUUCUCAGAUGGGAAGCUGUACUCAGCAACAGUAGCUGAUUUCCUGGCGAGUGAUGCAGUGAUUUAUCGCAGUAUGGGCGACGGCUCGGCUCUGAGGACCAUUAAAUACGACUCCAAAUGGCUGAAGGAGCCUCACUUCCUGCACGCAGUGGAUUAUGGGAACUAUGUGUACUUUUUCUUCAGAGAGAUCGCGGCGGAACACAACAACCUGGGGCGGGCGGUGUACUCCCGUGUGGCGCGGGUGUGUAAGAGCGAUGUGGGCGGUUCUCAGCGUGUUCUGGAGAAACACUGGACAUCGUUUGUGAAGGCGAGACUGAACUGCUCCGUCCCUGGAGAAUCCUUCUUCUACUUCGACGUUCUGCAGUCGCUCACUAACAUCAUCACCAUCAACGGGGUUCCGUCUGUGGUGGGUGUGUUCACUACUCAACUCAACAGUAUUCCAGGCUCGGCUGUGUGUGCGUUCUCUCUUCCGGAUAUUGAGAAAGUGUUUGAGGGACGUUUUAAAGAGCAGAAAACUCCGGACUCGGUGUGGACUCCUGUUCCUGACGACAGACUGCCCAGACCGCGGCCGGGAUGCUGUGCUGGUCAUGGAUCAGCAGAAUCUUACAGAAGUUCUGUCGAGUUUCCAGAUGAAACACUGCAGUUUAUAAAGUUACACCCACUGAUGGACAGCGCUGUGCCCUCCAUCCGAGAUGAGCCCUGGAUCACCAAGACCAGAGUCAGGUACCGCUUGACAGCUCUGGCAGUGGAUAAUGCAGCAGGUCCCUAUAAGAACUACACGGUGGUGUUUAUUGGCUCUGAGGCGGGCGUGGUUCUGAAGGUUCUGGCGAAGACCACGGGGUUUUCAUUAAACGAGAGCGUUCUGCUGGAGGAGAUCGAUGUGUUUAAUCAGGCCAAGUGUCUGUCUAACAGUGAGGACGAGAGGCAUGUCCUCUCCUUCCACUUGGACAAAAACACACACACACUGUACGUGGCCUUCUCCAGCUGUGUGGUGCGAAUCCCGCUGAGCCGCUGUGAGAGACACCGAACCUGCCACAAGGCUUGUAUUGCAUCCAGAGAUCCAUACUGUGGUUGGAUGCCACAUGGGGCUUGUGAGAGGAUUCCAGCAGGAGGAGACAGUGGCUUUGAGCAGGAUGUGGAGUUCGGGGAUACGGGGCGUCUCGGUGACUGUCAUGAGUUUAUGACUACCGCUUCAGCGCCAGGUUUCAAAUCAUACGGCGACGCAACUUCUGCAAAACAGGAAAAGCCGGUGCGGUCAGUCACGCCGUCCUCCACUUCAGACCCUAAACAUUCCCCACACACUCCUCCCUCUCCUCCUCCUCAACUCCUCAACACGCAGAAAUCUGUUCACCAUGACGAUUCGGAAACUUCCAGAUCAUUUGACCGGGUGAUGGAGGGUAUCUGGGAGAUCCAGACGGCCGAUUCCAACCAGCUGGUGCACAUGAACAUCCUGAUCACGUGUGUCUUGGCUGCAUUCCUGUUGGGGGCGUUCAUCGCCGGCGCUGUGGUCUACUGCUACCGAGACGUCUUCCUGCAUAAGAAGACACGCAAAAUCCACAAAGUGCCGCACGGUAAAGAUGAGGAAUCGGCACCAUCACGCACAGACUCUAACGGGAGCUUCACCAAGCUGGACGGCCUCUUCGAAAGUCCGCUGAAAGAAUUUCCCAGCGCCAUGGAAGAGGCCAGGAUCUUCUUCAGCGGAGACAAAGAUGAAAAGAACCCAGAAUCCAAGACUGUCAUCCUCAGCAGGCAAAAUCCAGAGCUGGCAGCACUGCCCACGCCCGAGUCGACGCCGGUGCUCCACCAGAAGGGGCUCCAGCCGAACAAGAACCAGUGGGAAAGGGCACAAGGGAAAACGUGUGUGUCUCGGAAAGAGGCUCCACCCAAAAGUCCACAAAACCCCAACAUCCCAAGUGCCGUCGUGCUUCCAAACGCAACGCAUGAGAAACCCACUCCAAGCAGCGACACGAGCAGCGUGACGUCGGUCCAUAAAGAGCAACAGCGUUCCGUAGACGCUAGAAACACACUGAAUGAGCUUCUGAAGCAUCUUAAUGAGGCUAACGAGGCGGAGACAAUAAAUGCCAAUCCUAAAGCCAUCAUGGCCGACACACCUCGUCCCCGCCCACACCUCAUGCUCGAGCCCCUGGAGAACUUAGCAGAAAUCCCUCCUAAAGUCCCAAGUCGGGAAGCAUCACUUUAUUCCCCGACAUCCUAUUCCCCGCCCUCAUCCUACUCAGCUUCGUCCUAUUCGCCGUCGUCCUCGUUACCCAGACACAGUCCCACUAAACGCGUGGACGUCCCGUCUGUGCCCACGUCACCCACAGGACAAAUGGGGACCCUCGACAGGCAACGUUUCCACCGUGGCAGCUCCGCCCACCGCCAUGCCGGAUCGUCCAGUGCCGUGGUGGCACGCCACUCCAGUUUCAACCGAGGUGCACUGGCUCCGCCCACACCGCCCUCCAGGAUGGACUCGCAGGGCAUUUCGAGGCAGCACAGCGGAUACGGAUCGCUUCCUCGGACUUCUGUUAAACGAACAGUGUCGUUAAGACCUGAUGUUCCGCCCAAACCAGGAGGAUUUGUGUCACAAACAAGGCCCGUAAACAAAUACAGUUACUGAGCCGAGUACCAGCCACACCCACCGGAGGAGGCAGGCCAUCAAUACAGACAGAAACUCAGAAACCAGGCAACUGAAUGGAGGAGGAAUUAAAAAUAGUGAGGGCAGGAAUAUGGCCAGUUACACAAAAUGGCAGGAUAUAAUGAGGGCGGGGUUUGAGGAACUCUUCCAGGAGCAAUUUAACAAAUAUGGUGAAUACAGGAAGUAUGUCUGAGAGGUUAAAGGUCAACGCGUAAAGCUGUUCCACUCUGAGACUGAGCGAGAAUUAAAACUGGGGACAUAAACGGCUCUGUGGGAUUUACGUCACAGACGAGGGAAGUUUCAAUCCCUAUUCAUCAGAAACAAAAUGGCAGAACACUGAAAAGCCAGUGAGCAAAAACUUUGACCUGUGAGGCGGCAGGGUCGUCCGGGGUCAAAGGUUAAAGGUUAUGUGGGAUUAACCUGUUGCAGGAAUACUUGAAAUAUGUUUCUUGUUAACCAGCAUCGAUAAAAAACACAAAUGUCAGACUGAGGAAGAAGCUGUGUGUUUGACAGGAGGAGUGAUGUGGUGUGGUCACAUGACAUGGCGAUAUGGUGACGUGCAUAAUGGUGACGGGAAACAUGAUGAAUCUACGAAGUUACACAAACACUUUGAGGAUGCACUUACAGCGCUUCUCUCCAGCGCCGGUUAUUACUGUCAUAAAACUAAACUGUUAACAUUAUUGUGUGUGCGUGUGUGUGUGUGUGUGUGUGUGUGUGUGUGUGUGUAGAUGUCCAUGUGCCUGCUCUGAACUUUUGUUUUAUUUUUUUAAACCUCACUGGGAAACAUUUCGAUAAUUAAUUUGCUGCUAAUGAAUUUAGACAAACGGUGGUAUUGUGUGUGUGUGUGUGUGUGUGUGUGUGUGUGUGUGUGUUCAGCCACAGAACAGCAUUUUGUUAUUUCGUUUGUUUUCAGUCUGAGAAACACACUGAGGUGAAGAGUUUCACUGUUAAACUCCUGAGUUUCGGUCGUUUUAAUCUCGUGACCGUAGUCGAGUCGAGACGUCAGUAGUUUUGCACUGGAGCUACAAGGCUAAUGUAGCUAACAGCUAAUGGAUGCUUAGCGCUCCACCUUUAGCAUUGUGCUGAAUAACUGCAUGUCUAAAACGUCUAAAACACUCCAGCUGUAUUGUGAGCUGUCGUAUUAAACUCCAGAUUUACGCGUGAACUCGGCCGUGAGAUACAGAAUGAAUUUGUGAAUCGAAUCACUGUAACAGCGACCCGUGUGUCCGAGCAACGAGUCAUGCAGGUAAUGACGACUGUAAAUAUAUAAAUAUAUAAAUACAAACAUUUCAGAGGCAAGUGUGUGUUCUGUGCCUUAACGAGAAACACUCGCUGUGGGUUUCAUUUCCUUAAAGUUGUUGCACACUGAAUCAUGAAUGAAAGUAAAAGAGAGAAACAAGAUUGAUGACAAAAAAUAAAAUAAUUAUGAUGAUGAUAAAUAGUUUUGCCUGUAGAAUGUAUUGCGUUUAAUGAUGAUAUUGAAAAAUCACCGUGUUUACCUACGAGACGACGCCCAGAGACGACGUUAUUGCGUUUAAUUCUCUGACAGUACCAGGUUGUUUCUCUCGUGUCAGAUGUACGAUGUGUCCAGCUGAAACUGUAGCUACAGACCCACCAUGAGCCUGUUAGUGAGGUUCUGAUCCACAACCCGGCGAUGGAACCACGGGCAGAACAUCGAUUGUUUCUUCAAUGCUGCAGUUUCACUGAUUUAUUAAGUUAUUAAAAGGUUGUAGAACAUCAGUGAUUCAUCUCCAGAUCUAAUCCCAUCUUCAGUUCAUGAUAUAAUUUAUAUUUAUGCACUAAAAUGUCACAAUGAGGAAAAUGGGCGUGGCCGUGGAGUAAAGCCCACAGAAACCAUGUUAGCUUUCUAACGUUAAUCCUGUAGCUACGCGAGACCUUCAGCUUUAGCACAUCAUCAGGCUGACUGCCAGCUUCGUAACGGUAACAAAGCAAUCAUCAGCUCUUAGGAUUUAAAUAAAAAUACAUUUUUAUGAAUUGAAAUUAUAUUACUGUAAUUAAUUUGGGAAGAAAAGAGAAGAAUCCAGCGUUGUUGUGGUUUUGCAUGUGUGUCUCUUCACGAAGGCGUUUCGCUCUGAUUUGUUUAUGUUUGAUUCGGUGUGUGUCGAUUAUCAUCUGAAUUGUAAUCAUGACAUCAUAACCAUAUAACGAUACAGUUUUAAUAAAUAAAUAAAUAAAAUCUGUUUUAAACGUGUAUGUGAAUGACAGCGGUCCUGAUGUUCAGAGAACAAACACUAAAAUAAGCUCCGCCCACAUUUCCGAUACGGUGUGUGAUGUGGAGGUUGGUGAUGACGGCUGAUUUUCGUCACACGCCUUCACCUGCUGACGUGCGCUCGGUAAACACGCUCUCACGUCUGUGGACAGAAACAAACCUGACGCAUUUUAUACUUUAGUAAACUUUAACAUCGUCUGAACUGUUGACUGUUUCGUUUUUGUUCCUCCGGAGUAUUUUAACUUGUCGGUCCGUUGCGAACCCUGUACUGUGAAACUGUAAAUAAUUCCAUCACUGUUAAUGAUAUUUUUGUUGAUUUUUUUAACACAGCAUGUAAAGUUGAAAUAAAAUAUUACACUGAGAA